AUGAAGGUGUCUAGGGAUGGGAUGAAGGGCCACCCUGGAGUGAUUGAUCUGUUUGCAGACCAGGACCAGCCGCCCUCAGGAGGCGAGGGAGAGGACGACGAUGCAGAGGCCGCCUUGAAGAAAGAAGUUGGUGACAUUAAAGCGUCUACUGAGAUGCGGCUGAGAAGGUUCCAGUCAGUGGAGAGCGGCGCGAACAAUGUGGUCUUCAUCAGGACACUGGGGAUAGAACCUGAGAAACUGGUACAUCAUAUUCUCCAGGAUAUGUACAAAACCAAGAAGAAGAAGACCCGGGUUAUUCUACGAAUGUUACCCAUCUCAGGCACAUGCAAGGCUUUCUUAGAAGAUAUGAAAAAAUAUGCAGAAACUUUUUUGGAACCCUGGUUUAAAGCUCCAAAUAAAGGGACAUUUCAGAUUGUAUAUAAAGCUCGAAAUAACAGUCAUGUGAAUAGAGAAGAAGUUAUCAAAGAAUUGGCAGGAGUAGUAGGAAGCCUCAACUCAGAAAACAAAGUGGAUCUUACCAACCCACAGUACACAGUGGUAGUGGAAAUCAUCAAGGCUGUGUGCUGCCUGAGUGUGGUGAAAGAUUACGUGUUGUUCAGGAAGUAUAAUCUCCAGGAGGUGGCCAAGAGCGCUCAGGACCCGCGGCCACUCGACCCCAAGCAGGCAGCCCAAGCAGGAAAUGGGGAAGAAGCUAAAUUGGAAGCUGGUGACAGAUCAAAUCAAAAUGACCCAGCAGACGGAAAAAAUAGCCAGCAGGCACCGGAGAAUAGUGAGGAGCAGGGGCAGGCAAAACCGGUAUCAGAGACACAGGUGGCACACGAGGAAGGAGCUAAACCUGAACUUGCAAGUCAAGUCACAGAAGGAUCUGAGUCAAAUGAAAAUGACCUCUUGUAGGGAAAAAAGUCUUGAUGUUGGAGGUGAGUUUCUCUACUGGGAUUCUGCGAGCUGUUGCUGGGGUUCCAUAUAAAAUUGCUACUGAAAAUGUUUUUGAACUUUCGCGCUCACAGUAAUGAGCAGUGACGGAGCCGCCCUGCUGACAGUUCCUUAGAGACUGUGUCCGCCUGCCUGGCAGAGUGCAGUGGGCCCGCCACGGGGUUGAGCUGGACCCUGUGGGUGAUUGGCGAGCACUAUUCACAGAGGGAGUGUGGUAGGAGUGUGACAUUGGCCGCUCCCUCCUGACUACCUGCCCCAGCACUGCCCACUGACUGACUGAUGGGGGCGAACUUCGAGGGAAAUGUUCAUUCUUAGGAAGGAAUUGUGUGCUGCAACUCAGUUGUCUCCUGAUACUUUGUUGUAAACUGCAAAAACAUGGGUCAAAAAGGUUAGAAGUGAAUUGUUUUGUGAAGUUUUUGAACUUUUUGUGAUUUCUUGUUUAGCUGUUACGCCCGUUUCGUAUUUUAUUAAAAAUAAAAUUUUUUGUUUAUUACAAACAAA